AGGGCAAAAUACAAUUCGUCGCUCAAUCCAAAAUCAUUCUUCAACAAAGGGUGAAAGUUUCCCCUAACACAAUUGCAGUCCUCACGAAAUAUCGAAAGAACAUUUGAGGGAUCAAAACGCUCAAUUGAAUUUGAAAGCUCGAAAGAGCGAAAGAGAAACGCAUUGCAAUACUAUUCGGUGCGUUCGUGAUCGGAGAUCGAAACAUGGACGACGAAUUGCUUGAACUGCAGCGACAAUUCGAGUUCGCGCAGCAAGCGAAGUCCAGUAUCCGAUUAUCGGAGCGAAACGUCGUCGAAUUGGUCCAAAAAUUGCAGCAUCUCCAAAUCAUCGAUUUCGAGCUUCUCUACACUGUCUCUGGCAAAGAGUACAUCACUCUCGAUCAACUGAGGAACGAGAUGGUGGCUGAGGUGAAGAAAUUAGGGCGUGUUUCUUUGAUCGAUCUCGCUGACGCUACUGGAGUUGACUUGUUUUAUGUGGAGAAGCAGGCUCAGAACGUAGUAACGGAUCACCGAGAAUUGAUGUUGACUCAAGGCGAGAUCAUGUCUGAGUCUUACUGGGAUUCAAUUGCUGAAGAGAUUAAUGAGAGGCUUCAAGAAUGUAGUCAAAUUGCGCUGACGGAACUCGCUGCGCAAUUGAACGUUGGUUUAGACUUGGUUGCGUCCAUGUUGGAGCCGCGCCUGGGCACUAUGGUGAAGGGAAGGCUUGAAGGUGGACAGUUGUAUACUCCUGCCUAUGUAGCUCGUGUUAGUGCCAUGGUUCGAGGUGCUGCGCGGGGCAUCACGGUUCCAACAAAUUUGACGGUGUUAUGGAGCUCGUUGCAGCAGUUACUGCAAGAAAUGGAUGGAACCAGCGGUUUGGCUGUUGAAGGAUCGUUCUUUCAGUCUUUGUUUAAUGGACUUGUGAAGGAAGGCGAGAUUCUAGGGUCACUUCGUGCAGGAGUGCAUUGGACGCCUGCUGUAUUUGCUGUUGCUCAAAAGGAAUUCGUAGAUUCAUUCUUUUCACAGAAUUCUUUUAUCAGCUAUGAGGCUCUGCACAAACUUGGAAUUCCCCAGCCCAUUCAAUUCUUGCAGUCCAGAUAUCCUGAAGGCAAACCUCUAGUUACAACAUUUGUUCACCCAUCUAUGAUUGAGAUGCUAGAUGCUGCUACUGAGGAUGCUCUCGAGCGUGGUAGCUGGAGUGAUUCUCUUUCCUUAUUGCCCUCAUCUUUUACACCUCAAGAUGCAUCUAAAGUGCUGUCUCUGUGUCAAUCUGUUCAAAAUGGUCUUAAGUCUAACAAAGCACACAUUUUUGGAGAUUUUUAUGUGUUGAGCAGCAGCUUUAUAAAGGACAUCUGUGAUCGCAUGGUGAAAGAAUUGGAGACAUUAGGUAUUUCAGGGUCUUUUGGCACUAUGAUGAUGCCUGGUGAUUUACAAGUAGCCAAUGAAGCUAAGAAAGGGAAUGAUUCAAGCCGUUUGAAUGAGUGCAAUGAGAUGGUGAGUGAUGUUGGUGCCAACAAGCAUGCUGAUAAAGGAACAAAGAAGAAAAAGGGGAAAGCCACAGGGAAUCCAGUAACAAAUCUAUCUGACAGUGGUGCAGAUAACCAUGAACAAACCUCAACAAAAUCUAAGAAAAGCCAGAAAAGGGGUAAGGAUGCAUCAUCACAGACAUCGGAUUCAAAGACAGGUUCUAGAAAAGAGGAUAACAUUGGUCCCUCAGAAGAAUGGAUCAUGCAGAAAAUUACUACAUUGGUUCCUGAUUUUGAAGAACAAGGUAUAGAUGAUCCUGAAACAAUUCUUAAGCCUUUGGCUAACCAAUUAAGGCCUACAAUAAUCAGUUCUUGGAUGGAGAAAAAGAAGGCGUUGCUUACAAACAAUGCAGAAAGAAUGAAACGUUUGCUUGAUAAUUUGCAGAAGAAACUUGAUGAGUCAUUCUUAAACAUGCAGCUGUAUGAAAAAGCCUUGGAAUUGUUUGAAGAUGAUCAAUCAACUUCUGUUGUUUUGCAUAGGCAUUUACUAAGGACAGUAGCAGCUCCUAUGGUGGAUAUGCUUCUCCAUAACUUGGAUGUGCACAACAAAUUAAAGAAUGGAGUGGAUGUGCAGGAAGCUCCAGAUUCUGAAUCUGUUUCACUUAGUCCUGGAGAGAGAACUGCAAUUUCUAAGAGUUUUCCAGGAGCUCUUGCAAACAAGGCUCUUGCUGUUAUAGAAGCAUUGGAAGGAAAGAGCGUUGACAUAUUCAUGGGUGCUUUUAGAAUGGUAACAGAAGAGAGUGGGUUGCCUUUGAAAAAGCUUGACAAGAAACUAGAAAGAACACUUUUACAUUCAUAUCGAAAGGAAUUGACAUCUGAAGUUUCUGCUGAGACUGACCCUGUUUCACUUUUGCCAAAAGUUGUGUCUUUACUUUAUAUCCAGGUUUACCAUAAAGCCCUUCAAGCUCCUGGAAGGGCCAUUUCUGUUGCUAUUUCCCAUUUAAAGGACAAGCUAGAUGAGUCAGCAAACAAAAUUUUAAUUGAUUAUCAAACUGCCACAGUGACUCUUUUGGCACUAUUAGCAGCUGCACCUAGUGAUGAAGAGGGUUGUGCAUCUGAUAGGAUUUUGAGUAAAAGGGAGCUACUGGAGAGCCAAAUGGUGGACCUCAAACGCUUGGUUUUGAGCACCUCACAAUCUUCAUAAAUAUUUUGUUAGCCAAACUGACCAUCUGAAUCGGGCUUCAUUGUAAGGUUGCGCUAAUUUGGUGUUGUCUAUUUUCUGAGGUGCAAAAGCCUUGGAAAAUUUGCAUUUUGCUAGGGUAGACAAUUCUAGGAGAUUAGAUUUUUUGGCUAUUCAUUUUACUCUAGUUUACGCUGCUUCCCUUUAGUUUUGUCGCAGGAAAACUUCUUGCCCGACGAUUUAUAGUUGUUUGAUAAUUGUAAGGUAUAAUGUUUUAUAAACUCUUUCUGAAUGAGAAAUUCUUGAGUAGACCUAGUUUAUAGAAAUUGUAUAUAGACUAAACCGACUACCAAAUGGCAUUUCAUCAUUUUAUAUUAAUAAUCACCAAAUUUGUCUC